GUAUCUAGAUGCUAUAUGACCUCAGCACAGCUCCUUACCAGACACAGCAGGCAGUCCCAGCCACACAGCGGACACAAUAGCCUCCAGUGCAGUCCGAGAAUUAUGGAGCAGGGAGCUUACAAGUACAUGAGGGACGGCAAUGGCAAGGUGUGUCGGGUUAUCCGGAUUGGAACCCGCAAAAGCCAGUUGGCUCGCAUCCAGACUGACAGCGUGGCGGCAAAGUUGAAAGAACUGAACCCUGACAUCAACUUGGAAAUAGUUGCCAUGUCAACGACAGGAGACAAAAUCCUUGACACAGCUUUAUCUAAGAUUGGCGAGAAGAGUUUGUUCACCAAAGAGUUGGAGAAUGCUCUGGAGAGGAAUGAGGUUGAUCUGGUUGUUCACUCGCUGAAAGACCUUCCCACCACUCUGCCUUCAGGAUUCACCAUCGGGGCUGUGCUGAAGAGAGAAAACCCCCAUGAUGCAGUUGUUUUACACCCAAAACAUGUAGGGAAAACUCUUGAGACUCUGCCAGAAAACAGUGUGAUUGGCACCAGUUCACUGCGCCGCGCCGCUCAGCUGAAGAAGAGAUUCUCCCACCUGGAGUUCAAAGAUAUUCGUGGGAACCUGAACACGCGUCUGAAGAAGCUGGAUGAGAAGGCGGACUUUGCUGCCAUCAUCCUGGCUGCUGCCGGCCUCAGGAGAAUGGGUUGGGACAACCGGAUCAGCCAGAUCCUUGGGCCUGAAGACUGUAUGUACGCUGUUGGACAGGGGGCUCUUGCAGUGGAGGUUCGGGCCAGAGAUGCAGACAUCCUGGAGAUGGUGUCUGUCCUCCAUGACCCAGACACUGUGCUACGCUGCAUAGCUGAGAGAGCUUUCCUCAGACACCUGGAGGGUGGGUGCAGUGUUCCGGUGGCUGUACACACCGAAGUGAAGGACUCCCAGCUCUACCUGACGGGGGCAGUGUACAGCCUGGACGGAUCAGACAGUCUGAAGGAAACCAUGCAGACUAGCAUUGCUGCUGAUGACAAGAGCAUAGAGGAGGUGGACGAGCAGUUCCAGCGGGUGGGAGUCACAGCCGGCAAGAUUUCUGGUGAAGCCCAGGACAGGGCUGAGCGACUGGGGAUCGACCUGGCCAACUUACUGCUGAGCAAAGGAGCCAAGGAGAUCCUGACAGUGGCCAGGCAGCUCAACGACGCCAGAUAAUCCUCCUCCGGCUCAGGGGCAGGGCUCCGGAGGUGACCAGGUCCUCAGGUGCAGUCAGUCACAGCCUUGUGUCAAGUAAAAACUUGAAUUCCUUUUAUGUUACACAUUUGAAGUUGCGUGAGAAAAAAAUAAAUAAAAAGUGACUUACUGUGGCACCAGGUUAUCUCAGUAAAUGGCAGAUACAUUUUUAAGGAUUUUAAACACUACUCGGUCCAAAGCUCAGUUUGGUAGAAACAGCUUACUGGGAUUACAAAAUGGCCUUUAAAUAUUGUCAUCAGCACUUCCAGUACCAUCACUGACUGAUGUCCUCAUGGUGAAACCGCUUUUUUCUUUUUUAAAGCAUGUCAGUAUAGUAGCGGUAUCAGUAAAUGGGAUUCCACUAAAAUUCAUCAUUCUCAAAAAAUUUCCCUCACAACCAAGGAUGUUUCAUCAGCCUCUAUUAUUGUUCCCCACAAGCAGGUAAAAAGAGGAGUUAACCCAGAGUUCUUCUCUCAGCUCUUAGCUGCAUUGUCACUUGGAAAAGCUGACUUUUGAUGGAACCAAAGAUGAGUUUCAGAGCAUGUGUUCACAUUUUGUGGUUCAGAGCAGCCAACACUACAGUGAAAUAGGUCUUGUUGAGGUGUGAAGAGUUACGAAAUGCCAAUCAUAAUCUCUAUUAAUCUCUCUCUUCUCCCUGACCACAAGUUCUUGAUCAGACCUCUUCUAUGGAAAUAAUAAAGUGUACUGUACAGUAGGUCUCAGAUUGAGUGGUGUUUUAUCAUAUUGGCCUCCUGAAAAAUAAUUUCACUUCUUCAUUCAGCUCAUGUUGAAAUGGAACAUUUUCAACUGAGGAGGUUCACCGCUUUUAAGAGUAUGUUACAGAGAGAGAAUAUAUUUAUUAUACAUGAUGAGAAGCUGGAGACUUUUUUGUUUACCCCACCUGUGGCCCAGCCAGCGGGGUGCAGCUGCUUUGUACUGAACCUAACAUGAAGUGCAGUCCCACUGCAUGACUGGAGAUUAAUUGUUUAACACUGGAGCAGUCCCGGCAUCUGUUUUUAGUUUUCAGCUCAGAUAUUCUUUUGUAUAGCAACAGCUUGUCCUGUUCAUGCUUUGCUGAUAUAGACCUUUUUCACAGCAGACAUGUUGACAUGUCAUAGUAGUAAAAGCACAGGUGUAUUCCAAACCAUUACUGAUGGCUGCAUUCCACUUAGGAGAGGCCCUGGUAUUGUGCAUGCUGAGUCACUGAAACAGCUUACUGGGACACUUGAUGGAAUUGAGCCAUCGUUAAGAUUAUCAAUUUCAGCUUUGCUUUUAAUAUUAUGACAAGUCAAAAUGUCUGCCGUGAAAAGGUCCAUUGCAUCUGUAAUGCGAUAUCACUACAGAAUGGCUUGCAGCAUCACGUUAAGCAUCAACUGUGAGCUUGUGAUUUUUAAAUACAGUUGUGGAUAUACAGUAGUAUAAUCGACUGCUUAAAAUGUAAAAAAAAAAGAGCACAGCAGCAAACUUACUCAUUGGUUUUCAUAUACUGGCUAUAGGUUGAAUUAUUGUUGUGCUAGAGAUGCAAACAAAUGUUAUUUAACUUAAACUGAGAAAUAUUACUGAUUAUUUUUUAUAAACCAUCACCAACAGUGUUUUUACAGCUGUAUUGCUACACUCAUUACACUGACUGACAGGCCAUUACGGUCUCAUUCAUUCAGAUAGUAUGUUGUGGUGUAGUUCUACUAAAGCACGGUUUCAUUCAACAAACAAAACAAAAAUGAAAUGCCUUAUUGCAUAAUUCUAGCUUCAGCAUCUCAGAAUUAUAACAUAGUUUUCUUGUAAUUACGAGAUGAAGAUCUUGUCCUCAUGGGAAACUAUUCUCGUAAUUAUGACUUGUAAUUUUGACUUAGUAUCAUAAUGACAACAUCCAUAUCUCCUAAUUAUGACAUUGGUAUCUCGUAAUUACGAGAUAUGGGCCUCAUACUUGCGGUACAUUUUUCUUGUAAUUAUUAGACCGUUUCCGUUUUCCUUUUGUCCUAAUUAUGAGACUAAGUCAUUAUUACGAGAAUAGAUACUUUUGUGAAUGCAAUGCACGUCUGUAUGGUUCAUCCACAGCUAUUCAAAAUGUUUGUUUUUAUGAAAUUAACAAAGAAAUGAACAUUUGUUUUCGCUGUACUGUUGUCAUAUAAAAUGAUGUACUCCACAUAUCAAAAACUGAAGUGCUUCCAAAAGCAACAGAUUUCCAAACUUGUUCACCUUAAUGACUUGCCUUAGUUUCUAUCAAAGUGCCAUCUCAGUAAAUGUAUCAUUUCUGCAUAUAUUUAUCAUAUUGUUUUUCUCUCUUCCUUCAUUCUGCUUCAGUUUACCAACUGUACAGUUAGCGUAUUGCCAUAUUGUACUUCUUUUUAUUUUUAUAGCUCUUUAUUGAAUAUUAUACUUAAUUUAAACCUCCUGAGGCAAUGUUAUAUUUGUUUUUCAGCUUUAAUUUCUGUAUGAAUUAACGUAGAAUGUUUCUGUAUUUAGAAUUCUUAGUACUUCACAAUACCCAUUGUUACAAUAUUUACGAGUUUUUGUUUUGCCAGCUAUGUAAACAUCGUGUCAAAUGAAACCGCUGAUGUCAAGAAACAAAUGUCAAUAAAGCUGUGUUAUAUCUGUC